UGCGAAGCAGACCCUAAACCUACAGCUAGCUGUUGACUUGAGCCGCCCAAAUCGUUCAGAAGGGAAAGGGGAAAUAACAGCACCAGCCUUAUAUACAAUUAUGUCGUUUUAGUGUUGAAAGGUUGAAAUCGUAAAUGUGCCUAAUAAUUUGUUGAGGAAUCAUAAAACGCAAAGACGGUUUGAGCAGCAACCACAGAAGCAUGACUACGGCUGACAUUUAAGCUAACGAAAAUAAUUGUCUUCAUCCUAGAAAAGCUAACAACUUAGCCAUCCGCUACAGCGUUAGCAACCUGGUCAUUUUGCGUCGAAAUGGCAGACAUUGGACGGUAAUUAAUGCUUCACGCUGUGUCGGAGCUAGAAGAGUGGAAACUAGCUCAAUUGUCGACAAAAAUCAAGAGAACAUUGCCGACUUAACGCAAAGUCAAGGACGCCGGCCCUUUCUGGUGAAAUGUGUUUGGAUUUAAGCAGCCGUGCAGAUCAUGAAGCCAGUCUGCGAUUACCAGCAACACCUUAGCUAACGUUAGCAUUGCCUGUACUAGAGAGAGAGAUAACUAAUGUCGGCCUACAAAGGUUAUUAAUCAGCGACUAAGUGGACUGAAGAAAGCUUUCUGAGCCAACUGAACAUGGCUUCAGAGGAGGCAUCCCUGCGUGCAUUGGAGAACCUAAUGACAGAGUUCUUUCAUAACUGCACGACUAAUGAGCGGAAAAGAGAAAUAGAAGAGCUGCUGAAUAACUUUGCACAGCAGACCGGAGCAUGGCACCACUGCAUGUUCUUCCUCUCCCAUACUCGGAAUGAGUAUGUCAUGAUGUUCAGUCUCACGGUGUUUGAAAAUCUGGUGAACAAAAUGUGGAUUGGUGUUGCGUCACAAGACAAGAUGGAGAUCCGCAGCUGUCUACCAAAACUCCUGCUUGCACAGCACAAAUCUGUGCCCUAUUUCAUCCGCAAUAAACUCUGUAAAGUCAUCGUUGACAUCGGCCGCCAAGACUGGCCCAUGUUCUACCACGAUUUCUUCACAAACACACUCCAGCUGAUCCAGACCCCCACCCUGGCUCCACUGGGUUUGGUCAUGUUAAAAACCACAUCCGAAGAGCUCGCGUGUCCUCGAGAAGACCUCAGUGUCGCCAGGAAAGAUGAGCUGCGUAAACUACUGCUGGAGCAGGUACCGACGGUGCUUGGACUGCUGACAGGUAUUUUAGAGACAUACUGGGACAAGCACAGCGUCAUAGCUUCCACCCCUCCUCCAUCACCCACCUCACGUGAGAGUGUGGAAUUGCUGGGCAGCUUGUUCCAGGGCAGCCAAUACUCGAAGCUGCUUUGCCAGCCCAUGGCGGUGCUGGACAGCGAGAGUCAUCAGCUCUGUUGUCUUGUAUUGGAGUGUUUGGCCCACCUGUUCAGCUGGAUCCCUCUGUCCACAAGCAUCACACCCACCCUGCUGGCAUCCAUUUUCCAUUUUGCACGCUUAGGUUGUGAUCUGAGGUCAAAAGCCAAAACUGGACCUUUGAACUCCUCCUCUUCUAACGGACAGCUCAAUCCUGGAACUGUGCCAACAGCAAAUGGACAGGGACAAAACGGACAGCAGUGCGAGGUCAAUAAGGUGGACCGCGCCCGGCUCGGUGUCCUCGCGAUGACCUGUGUCAAUGAACUGGUGUCAAAGAACUGCGUGCCAAUGGACUUUGAGGAGUAUUUGCUGCGGAUGUUCCAGCAGACCUUUUUUCUUUUGCAAAGGCUGACGCGGGAAAACAACGCUCACACAGUGAAGAGCCGCCUACAGGACCUGGACGAGAGUUACUUGGAAAAGUUUACAGAUUUUCUGCGCCUGUUUGUCAGCGUUCACCUGAGAAGGAUCGAGUCGAGCCCCCAGUUUCCCAUCGUGGAGCUUCUCGCGUUGCUUUUCAAAUACACCUUCAACCAGCCUACUCAUGAGGGAUACUUUGCUUGCUUGGAUAUCUGGAGUGUGUUUCUGGAUUUUCUAACAAACAAAAUCAAAAGUAGGCUUCCAGACAGAGAAAGUGUUCUGAACAGGUACAAAGAUGCCUUGGUUCUUCUUUUGAGAGAAGUUCUGAAUCGCAUUCAGUUCAGAUACAACCAAGCCCAGUUGGAGGAGCUGGAUGAUGAGACUCUGGAUGAUGAUCAACAGACUGAGUGGCAAAGGUACCUACGUCAGAGUCUGGAGGUGGUUGCCAAGGUGAUGGAGCUGCUCCCAUCCCAUGCAUUCUCUACUCUGUUUCCAGUGCUCCAAGAAAACUUGGACGUUUAUUUGGGUUUGCGUCAGUUUGUAGUCACCACCAGUUCAAGUCGGAGACUCAACAUCACAGCGGAGAACGACUGUCGUCGCCUUCACUGUUCUCUCAGGGAUCUCAGCUCGUUGCUUCAAGCUGUCGGGCGCUUGGCUGAACAUUUCAUAGGAGAGGUUUUUGCUGCACGUUUCAGCGAUGCUCUGGCCGUGGUGGAGAGGCUGGUUGAAGUGACUUGCUAUGGCUCUCAGACCAGCCUGUAUGACCUGGAGACGGCUGUGCCUUCUGUGCUGAAGCCUGACCUCAUCGACGUACACGCUCAGGCCCUCGCUGCUUUACAAGCCUACUCUCACUGGCUCGCACAGUUCUACAGCGAAACCCUCAGCCACAACCAGAGCCAGUUCAUUAACCUCAUCACUUCUGCAGUGGAUGCUUGCAGUCCGCUCAUCACAACCAAGGUACCAGAAAAGUUGCUCCUCUCCUCGUGCCAUCUGAUGGUUUCCAUAACAUCCACGGUGCGGCCGGUGUUCUUGGUCACUUUGCCAGCUGUCCAGAACAUCUUCAACCUGAUUACAACAGAAAAUCACCGGAGCAGACUUCCCCAAGAGGCGCACAUACUUGUAUGUAGAGCUUUAUCCAACAUGCUGCUGCUCCCAUGGCCAAACCUGCCGGAGACUGAGCAGCAGUGGCAGACCCGCUCCAACAGCCACACCAGCCUUCUCUCUGCUCUCACAAGGGAAUACCGCAUCUUAAGAGCAACUGCGGAUAUAUCGCCGCGGCAACCUGUUCUGGAUAACGUGAAAGCGGUGAUACAGCAGACCCUGCCUGUGCUCAGAGAUCUGGUUGACGGCAUCUCUAGUGAAUCCACCAAAUCACGACAGAUCUGCUACCAAAGUCUUCAGGAGUCUGUCCAAGUGUCGCUCAACCUGUUCCCAGUUUUUAUUCAGCAGUCAGAUGUGACAGAUGAGAUGUUAGCCUUCUUCCUGACGUUGUUCCAAGCACUGAGAGUCCAGAUGGGUGUCGCCUUCACAGCACAGAUCAUCCACACUUUCCUCAGCAUGUUCACAAGGGAACAGCUUGCAGCCAGUAUUUUAGAAGAAGGCAGCGCCGGCUGCAGAGUGGUGCAGAAGUUUCUGAAGAUCCUGCAGGUUGUGGUGCAAGAACCGGGUCAAGCUUUCAAACCCUUCCUACCCAGCAUCCUGUCUCUGUGCAUGGAGCAGGUUUACCCAGUAGUGGCAGAGCGGUCGUCUCCAGAUGUCAAAUCAGAAAUGUUUGAGUUGUUAUACCAAAUACUUCACCAAAACUGGAGGUACUUCUUCAAAACCUCAGUGUUAACAAGCGUCCAAAGAGGAGCUGCUGAAGACACCAUGGAGAACGAGGCCCAGUUCACAGCUGCCAUGCAGGCUUUUGGACAGUCGUUCCUGCAGCCUGACCUCAACAUCUUCAAGCAGAAUCUGUCAUAUUUGGAGUCUCUAAACAGCAAGCACAAGUUGUAUUCAAGAAAGCUUUUCAGGACCUCCAUGCUGUUCCACUUCAUCAACGUGCUGCUGCAGGUCCUUCUGCACAAAAGCCACGAUCUCCUUCAGGAGGAAAUCACCCUCGCCAUUUACAACAUGGCCUCUGUCGACUUCGAUGCUUUUUACUCGGUUUUCAUGCCAGAGUUCCUAAAUAACUGCCACGGUGUGGACACCAAUCAGAGAGCUGUUCUCGCUCGCAACUUCAAGCUUGAACAGGACUUGCCUUCCUUCACUCAAAGCGUACAGAGAUUAGUGAAUGAUCUUCGCUACUACAGACUGUGUAAUAGUAGCUUGCCCACCGGCACCAUCAAGCUAUAGCAGCAUGACAGCUGGAAGCGCUCCCCGUGUCCGAGGAGAUCUUUAGAGACUGCCUGUGCUGACCAACGCUCCUCCACUUCAGCUUUACUCCACUCGGAGCUACACAUGGUUUGAGAGAUUGGAGAGUGAGCAUGCUGCUGCUGCUGAUGUUUUUAUUUUUGUUUCUACUGUAAAAGGUUGGCACAUUUUUUUUUUUUUUUUCAAAAUCGUGUCCUCCUUAUCGUCUUGCCAGUUAAGAUCUGGUGAGAAAUGUGUACCUGGUCUGCAACGUGUGUCUGCCCAGACCUGGAGCUGUCUGAGCCAGGCCCUCCCUCCCACGCCGCCACAAACCAAGCUGGGCUGGGACUGAGCACUUUCAACUCAUUUAGAGUUUUUUAAAUCUCUGCUUUUAUUCAAUUUUGCCUUUUUUUUUUCAUCUCCAAAGGAGACGAACUUUCAACUUAAGAUCUUUCAUAUCAUUCCAUGAUGAAAAUGAGAAAAAUCUGCUUAAUAAACUGCAUUUUUAAAUAAA